CUCUCGAUUGGAAUUGGAAUUCGGUAUCCGAUAACAGCAUCUUUACUGCCUUACUUUUUAUACCCUUAUCUUUUUUCUUUUUUCUUUUUUACCUCUCCUCUUUAUAGACCGCGUUGAUGUUCUCCCGCAGCACCACUAUCUUCCGCAGAAGUUGUCGCUAUCUUCUCCGCGCCCCCAUCCACAACCCCCAGGUUAAGAAAUCGUUCUUUUCGCUCUCCGCGCGCUCUUUCGCGGCCGUCGACGCAGCCAUGGCAGAUUCGAGUACCGGUGUUACGGCGGAGUUGGUGCGCAGCAAGUUGAUUGAGAAGCUGCAGGCUCAGCAUGUUGAGAUUGAAGAUUUGUCUGGCGGCUGCGGACAAGCGUUCAUGGCGAUUAUCGUUUCCCCCCAGUUCGAGAGCAAGAACAUGCUCGCCCGGCAUCGGUUGGUGAACGCCGCGCUUAAGGAAGAGAUUGCGGCUAUUCAUGCCUGGACACCAAAGUGCUACACACCGGAGCAGUGGCAGUCGUUGAUGCAACAGUGAUCUGACAAUGACAUUGGAAUGUGAUAUGGACGGAUUGCAUAAAUGCCAUUGUUAGGCGUUGGAGGAAUAAAAAUGUAUAUUGUACGGAUAAUGUUGGCAACGGGACUAUGGUUGUCGAAUAUGAUUGAAUGAAUAAUUACACUGUUAUAGAUGGUCAUUUACAAUGGCAUGAAUGUACAUUUAAUCUAUACUAGAGCGUUUAACCGAGGACCUUCUCGGCCGUGGAGACUGAUUCAUGUUAGCAGUGGUCUGAAUAAAGUCAUAAAGGCGUGCAUACCAUUGACACCAGCGUUGUCCGGCUCAAUGAAAGUCUCAGUGACCUUGCCGUUCUCCACGGUAAGAGCGUAACGCUUGCUGCGCUGGUUGCCAAAGACGGAGGUGCU